AUGCCGCCCCAGCAGCUCACACUCGUCCGCCACGCCCAAGGCUUCCACAACCUCAAUAUCGAAGGCCACCGCUUCCACGACCCCCGCCUGACGCUCGAAGGGCACCAGCAGUGCCGCGACCUAGCCUGGAAGCUCGACGACGUGUACUCGAUCGACUGCAUCGUGGCCUCGCCGCUGCGGCGAACCCUGCACACCGCGCUCCUCGUGUUCGAGGCGCUGCUGCGCUUCAAGCCCGCGCUGCGCAUCCUCGCCCUCCCCGAGCUGCAGGAGACGUCUGACCUGCCGUGCGACACCGGCAGCGCGGUUGCAGACCUGGAGCACGAGUUUGCAAACCGGCCCGUGGAUUUCUCCCUCGUGCCGACUACUUGGACAGACAAGGUGACGGGCAUCUUCUCGCCUCGCAGCGACUGUAUCGCUGCGCGGUGUCGCAAGGCGAGACACUUCCUCGCCGGUCUAGACGCGGUGCACGUCGCGGUAGUCGCGCAUGGCGCCGUGCUGCACUACCUGACAGACGACUGGUACGGCGCUACGAGUGGAAUCGGAACCGGCUGGUACAAUUGCGAGGCGCGCAUCUACCACUUCGACACAUGUACUGAUGCGGGCAUCGUCGAAGCAUCGAUUGUCGAGACAGACAAGAGUAGAUUAGAACGGACACGCACUGUGCACCGCUUUUCGAAAGAGCAGCAGGAGGAGAUGAAGAGCGAGGCUGAGGCGAGCUGGUCGCGGGAUGGGUAUAUUGUGCUCUCCGAGGGGACUGGACAUCACGAGACGGAUAGCGAAGAGUCCAAGUGUGGUAAGAUAGAGGGCUCCAAGUCGAAAUGGAGGGUGAGACCAAAUGGGCAAAAGUGUUGCAUCCUGUAA